UAAAAAGGAGCAGCGCCCCCAGAGGCGUGGAGGGCGAACGUCUCCUCCCAACAUGUGUCUGUCGCUGCUCUUUCAGUUAGUGAUGGCCAGGACAACUAGUUAGACUAGUCUGUGGUUAGUGACCAGCCAGGGAAUACGCUUGUUUUCGCUGCGACCGUCUCCGCUCUGCUUUCUCACCAGUCUGGUUUAGUUGGCGAGUGAGGACCAGCGCUGACUGGUUAAACACUGGGCUUCUGCUGCUAAUCAAGCUAACGUAAGCUAGCUCCACCUAAACUCCUAACAAUGGCUACAGUUUCAGUUCCUGCCGGUACCACUGCACUCCUGCUGGAUAUAGAAGGCACGACUACGCCAAUCACGUUCGUAAAAGAGAUUUUAUUUCCAUACGUCAGGGAGCAUCUUGAAGAUUACUUGUCCUCUCACUGGGAAGAGGACGAGUGCAAGCAGGAUGUUCAUCUCCUAAAGAAACAGAUUGAAGAAGAUAUGAAACAGAACCGGGCGUGUCCUGUCCACGCCGUGGACCAGACGGUGCACACGGAUGAGGAGAAGGCCAUUAGGGAAGUGGUGGAUAAUGUGAUGUGGCAGAUGGCAGCAGACAGGAAGUCCACAGCGCUGAAACAGCUGCAGGGUCACAUGUGGAGGUCGGCGUAUGCUUCUGGGAGAAUCAAAGGCGAAAUCUACCAGGAUGUAGUUCCAUCCAUUAAAAGGUGGAGAGAACAGGGACUCAAAGUCUACAUUUACUCUUCUGGAAGUGUGGAGGCGCAGAAGCUUCUGUUUGGAUAUUCAGUCGAAGGAGAUGUUUUAGAGCUUUUUGAUGGUCACUUUGACACCACUAUAGGGGCUAAAGUAGAUGCUAAAAGCUACGAGAGAAUCGCAGAGAGGAUUGGAUGUCAGCCUGAGGGAAUCACAUUCUUGACGGACGUCACUCGAGAGGCUAAAGCAGCUGAAGAAGCCGGGGUGAACGUGGUCGUGGUGGUCCGACCUGGGAACAUGGAGCUGACGGAUGAGGAGCGAGCCCACUAUAACCUCAUUACAUCCUUUAGCCAACUGGAACCGACGGGACGAGCUUAACGGCACAUGAAGCAACAGAGAGAACUUCUCUGACUUCAUAAUCAGCUUUUCCUUCUUUUUCUUUUUCCCGCACGUUUAGUUUGGUCCACGGUCACAGUUCAGCAGGUGUAGGAGAGGCUGCUGGGACAUAGGUAGCCACCAGUACAGAGGAUAAAGUCACAGCCUUUCCAGUUCCUUCAGGAGGCUGUUGGCGUGUGUGGAGCGUAUUAAGAGCUCAAAUGGAUCAUCACUGUCUUAGGACUGUUGGUUGGGAACAAAGAAGCUGUAGAUAAAUGGUGCUGCACAUGACAUGAGGUUCAUUUACUUUUCUACCUUUUUAGAUGAACUGCACUUAAAUGCCAAUCCUUCAAUAUUAACCCACUUUCCAACUAUAUGUUGUGUGUAUGUGUGUGUGAGUUGUCAUUGUUUCGUGCACAUUUUCCACUCAUGUCACGCCCUCUCCACCUACAGUAGAGACGUAUGUGCAGCUGUAUGACGUUUUACCCAGUAACUGAACUGUAAUAUUUUAGAAAGUAGAUGCACUCAGCAGAGGUGAGUUGUCAUUUAAAAUGUUCAUCCAGUGUCUUAAUGAAUACCGUCGUGGGUGAUCGGUGUCUAUUUAAAUGUGCCAUCCUAGAUGUUCACAUGUGUAAUGUGGGUGUUGGAAAGUUAACUCAGACUUGCCAAACUGAUGAUUUCUGGUGAAACUAUUUGGCGUAAUUCAGGAAAAAGACUUCCAAUAAAAUGCCUUGUUUCACGUGA